AGAUAGAACUAAAAUAUUUAGACACAAAGGGGUCCGAAUGUGACUGUCAAAUCUACAAAUUCUCUCUCAAUCUCUUCUUUCUUUUUCUCUAAAAUCUCUCUCUCAUGAUUCAGAAACCAUUUUUUCUUGGUUUCUGAGAUUCGAUUUAAUCGGCGAUCUUUCUUACUGUUCCUCGGGAAUCCCUCGUCUUCCUUCUUUCAAUCUGUCUCUUCCUCCCAGAAUAUAAUUAUCCAGAUUUUCAAGGACUGGUUUUAAUUUGAUAGAACUGUGACUCAGAAAGUGAGGGAAAAAAUGGAGGGUGACACAUUCUCAGGGAUUGGCAAUGGUACUCAGAUAGAUAGCAAGGUGGUGCAGACGUUUCAGAAGAGCUUUGUUCAGGUUCAGAAUAUCUUGGACCAGAAUAGGUUGCUCAUCAAUGAGAUAAACCAGAAUCAUGAGUCCAAGAUCCCUGACAACUUGAGCAGAAAUGUUGGUCUAAUUAGGGAGCUCAACAACAACAUAAGAAGAGUGGUUGACCUUUAUGCUGAUCUUUCAAGUUCCUUCACCAAAUCCAUGGAUGCCUCGUCUGAGGGGGAUUCCAGUGGUGCUAUGAAAUCAGAUGGCAAAGCUGGUCACAAAAGAAACAGGCCUGCUUGAUUUUAAUUAGAGAGAAAAUAAGUUUGGGUUUUUUUUAUCAGUAAUUCUUUUGCAUGGUGGCAAAUGAAGAAACUUUCACAGCUUUGUUGAUGAUGAGGUAGUAGAAAAUGGUCAGAUUAUGUAAGUCCCCCUCGUAUCAGUGAUGAAACUGUCUUUACUUCCCAAACUUACUGCUCACAUUGGCUAGAGAAAAUAAAUUUCUUCUAUUGCAUUUAUAAA